AUGGAAGAUCCAAAAAAGAAGUUCCCUCUCGAUGCAAAGGAUUACAAGCUAUAUGAAGAAAUUGGUGAAGGAGUCAGUGCAUCUGUGUACAGAGCUCUCUGUGUUCCACUAAAUGAGACGGUUGCAAUCAAGGUUCUUGAUUUGGAGAAGUGUAAUAAUGACCUGGAUGGUAUUCGUCGGGAAGUACAAACCAUGAGCUUGAUUGAGCAUCCAAAUUUACUACGUGCAUAUUGCUCUUUCACAACUGGCCAAAGCCUUUGGGUUGUUACACCAUAUAUGGCUGCUGGAUCUUGUCUUCACAUAAUAAAAUCCUCUUAUCAAGAAGGUUUUGAAGAGCCUGUUAUAGCUACAUUGCUGCGAGAGGUUCUUAAAGCUCUGGUUUAUCUUCAUAAUCAAGGCCACAUCCAUAGAGAUGUGAAGGCAGGAAACAUAUUAGUUGAUUUUAACGGGUCUGUGAAGUUAGCUGAUUUUGGAGUAUCUGCUUGUAUGUUUGAUACUGGUGAUAGGCAACGUUCAAGAAAUACCUUUGUGGGAACUCCUUGUUGGAUGGCACCUGAAGUUAUGCAGCAAUUGCAUGGAUAUGACUUCAAAGCAGACAUCUGGUCAUUUGGAAUCACAGCACUUGAACUCGCUCAUGGGCAUGCACCAUUCUCCAAGUAUCCACCAAUGAAGGUUUUGCUUAUGACUCUGCAAAACGCACCACCAGGUCUUGACUAUGAAAGGGAUAAAAAAUUCUCAAAGUCUUUUAAAGAAAUGGUUGCUGCUUGCUUAGUGAAAGACCCAAAAAAACGCCCCUCUUCAGAGAAGCUUUUGAAGCACCCUUUCUUUAAGAAUGCACGAACAAUUGACUAUUUGGAAAAUACUAUUCUUAAUGGUCUUUUCCCAUUAGGAGAUCGUUUCAGGAUGCUAAAGGCAAAAGAAGCAGAACUUCUCAUGCAGAACAAGGAAUUAUUUGGGGAAAGGGAGCAUUUAUCACAGCAAGAGUAUAUUCGUGGAAUUAGCGCUUGGAAUUUCAAUCUUGAGGACUUGAAGAAUCAAGCUGCCCUUAUCCAGGAUUAUGAUGAAAUAUCAAAUACAGAACAUCUGAAUGAAAAUUCAAAGCAAGAAAACGGGCUCAAUGAUGUUGGGUUGCCAACAGAGAGACCUUCCCCUGAGAUAUCUGAUCAUUCAGAUACUGGAUCUCACCAUGAGGAUGCAAUCGAUGAAAUUCCUGAUUUGGAGACUUCACUUGCAGCAUUUCCUAUAAAGCCUCUUCAAGCACUCAAGGGAUGUUUUGAUGUCUGUGAAGAUGAUGCGGGUGAUGAAAACUCAACAGAUAAUGAACAACAAAGUGACAUGAAGCCAUUAAUAAAAGCUGAAGAACAGAAAGCUGAAAGCAAUGAUACUGAUAAUUUUGGACAAAUAAAAUCCUUACCUCGACCUACUAUUGAUGGGCCAAGAAGAUAUUUGAGUGGUUCACUGCUUCCAGAUAAUAAUACUACUACUAAUAAUAAUAAUAAUCAUUUUUCUCGUAAAAAGUUGGUUGCUGAUUUUGACAGGGAUCAUCUGCAAUCGAGAUUCCAAGUACAACGUAAUCAUAGUGGUCCACUGCAGUGUCGACAAAAACAUAAAGGGAAUAAUAAUAAUAAUAAUUCUACAUCUGGUGAGGAUGUUUCAGAAGGAGCUGUGGUCCAGCGUAAGGGACGAUUUAAAGUCUUAUCUGCAGAUCAUAAUCUAAAGAGUCCUGUUUCUAGUGGUAAUAGUUGUACCACUUCUCCAAUAUCAAUUACAUCAGCUGCUUCUGUUCUUCCAUAUUUGCAAACCAUUCUUCAGCAUAAUGCUAUGCAAAGAGAAGAACUACUUAAAUUAAUCAAGUUUGCAGACCAAUUUCAUGGCAAUGCUUAUGAGGGGUCAGGAACCAAUGGAUUUUCACAACUGCAUGUAAAUUCUCCAAGGGAAAGAGAACUGCAGGCUCAGGUUAUUGAGUUACAACAAAGCAUUGGCAGUCUGGUCGAGCAAUUACGAAUACUGAAAACAAGAAAUGCAAAGUUGGAAAGAAGUAUUAGCAGUUUAACAGAAAAAGAUAGCAUCCAAGAAUGAUAUACGAGAUAGCACAUGCCUUAAAUAUAUAUAAUAUAUAUCUUCUCCUAAUAUUAUGUUGUGAUGGCUAAUUGUUGGUGUGUAAAUUUUGCAAGUAUUAAAGCAUAUAUAUAUAUAUAUAUGUUAUAUAUUUGUUUGUGAAUGAAUACAAGGAGGAAUGGGG